CCGGAACGGUGCAAUAGUGAUCGUUCUGCUCGGAAACUGCCCGUGCCUAUAGACCUUGUGUGUUUGUGUGUGUUCCCGUCCCGGGACGUAAGGGUCCGGGAUGUGGCUACCGUUGGCACUGUGUGUUCUGCUGGAGUUUGCCGACAUUGUCAGUGCCUCCGGGAGUGGUCUGGACGAUGCACUGGAAGUGACCUUUAGCGAACGAACACGUGCCGACUGGGAAAAGGUUUGGCACCAGGAGAGUCACUCGCGAUGCCGCGAGAAACUGAUCAGACACCUGUACUGGGCCUGCGAGAAGGAUAUCUAUCGGAUUUCGAGGCGUGGUAAUCGAGACGCCAGUAUGGAACAGGAAAAACGAAGCGACCCUUUACUUGGUCCGGAUGGGCCAGAGAUCGUUGGCAGAACCGACGUCGCCUUUCCGUGGGCAAUCCGUCCCGAGGAAGCUCAUGCCUUUCUGCGUACUCGACGCACGGGUAAACGCCGUUCCGGUGGUUCCAUAACGGCCGAAUGCUGCAAUCGCACCGGAUGCACAUGGGAAGAGUACGCCGAGUACUGUCCAUCGAACAAACGGCUGAAUCACUAUCGGCGCAGAAAAUGAGCUCCGAUUUGGAACCGCGGUUGUUUCAUGAUUGGUGGUGAUGCGCCGCACCAUCGCCCGGGUGCGGUUCGUAAAGGACUAUCUUCAAAAGUACUGACCACGACCAGCAGACGCUAAGCAAGCCCACACAUGCCUGAAAGGGGU